AUGGCAACAACUGAGAGCGGCAACAACAUGAACAAAGACCUCGCUGAGGCAAAGUCCGAGGCCAUGUCGGUCACCUAUGCGGCUAAAGAGGACUUUGGGACCGGCGACAUCACAGACCUGGACGAGGCCGAGAUCUUCCUGCGCGACAACAACUUCAGCCCAGGCUACAUCAAGGAACUCCUGGCCGACAAACAGCGAAACCGCAAGCUAGUGCGGCGGAUUGACCUGAUCCUCCUGCCGUUGCUGGCCGGCACUUAUGUGCUCCAGUACAUUGACAAGCAGGCUCUGUCCUACUCGGCGGUGUUUGACCUGUUCUCCGACACCAAGACGAACCAAGACCAGUACAGCUGGCUGGCCAGUAUCUUCUACUUUGCCUACCUGGGAGCCGAGUACCCGUUCACAUACAUUGCGCAAAAGACUCGGAUGGCCAAACUGGUGGCAGGCUGCAUAAUCUCGUGGGGAUCAAUCCUGAUGAUCACGGCGGCGUGCUCCAACUUUGCCGGUCUGGCCACGUGCCGGUUCCUGCUCGGUGUUUUCGAGGCUCCCAUCACCCCUUGUUUCAUGAUGAUCAUUGGCAUGUGGUACACUCGACAAGAACAACCGUUCCGUGCCGGGGUAUUCUACUGCUGCAACGGCGUGGGAUCCAUGCUUGGAGGCAUCUUCACGUACGCGAUCGGGCAGAUCGACACGUUCCCAGUGUGGCGGGCGGUGUUCCUGAUCUGCGGCGGUAUCACCGUCAUCUGGGGUUUCCUGGUGCUUUGGCUGCUGCCUGACACAAUCCUGACGGCGAAACGGUUCAGCCUGGAAGACAAGGCGAUGCUGGUGGCCCGAGGCAAGCUAGGCCGGACGGGUAUCAUCAACCAUCACGUGAAAUGGUACCAGAUCAAGGAGGCGCUGCUCGACCCGCAGGUGCUGCUGCUGGCGCUGUUCAUGCUGCUCAACGAGACCAUGAACGGCGGCAUCGCCAACUUCGGCAAACUCAUCAUCAAGGGUUUGGUCACCGAUCCGCUGUUGACCACGGCGCUGGGCAUUCCGCAGGGCGCCUUUCAGGUCUUUUGGAUCCUGUCGGGUACUUAUCUCGCAUCCAAGAUCCGCAACUUCAGAACGUACUCGAUGGCCCUGUACAUGUUGCCCACAAUUCUGGGCAUUGCUCUGAUCUGGAAACUCGACCGCAAACACCACAAGAUCGGCGUCCUGUUCGGCUAUUACAUGGUCGCCUCGUUCGUUUCGUCUCUGGUCGUCGCCUUGCAGAUGCCCGGCGCCAACCUCGGCGGUUACACAAAACGUGCCACCGGCACCGCCAUCGUCUUCGCCGCCUACUGCGUCGGCAACAUCAUCGGUCCCCAUGCCUUUUUGGCGAAGGAGUCCCCCACCUAUCCGACCGGCUGCAAGACCAUCCUAUCCUGUGCCGCCGCCCAGAUCGUCGUCGCCAUGUCUCUGAGACUGCUCUUGAUCCGGAGAAACAAAAAGCGCGACGCCGCGGCGGCGGCAGCCAACGACCCUGGCGCGGCUGCUGAUGCAACUGAGGAAGUUGCUGCCGACCAAACGGAUUUCGAGAAUCCUCACUUCAGAUACAUGCUCUGA